AAAGGAAGAAAAUUCAGAUCAAUAGAGCCAGACCCAGACCAGGUCCUGACCCAAACUCUUGCCGACCAUAUCUAUUUUCCUAAUUAUUCUCCCCGAGCCCGUUCUUCAAAGAGAAUCUUCUAGGGCUAACGAUCACCGGCGACGGCGACGGCGGCGGCGGCGGCCGGAGGCGGCGGAGGCGCAUUCGAGGCUUGUUCGACUUGAUGGGAACCUGCUGUUAAGAUGAAAAAGAUUGAGGAUGGCCUGAGAUGUGAUCUUUGAAUAGCUAAAGAAACAGAUACUGCCUGAUAUUUCUACCAUGCAAUUAGAUUCCCCAGUGGAUAUGGAACUGCAAAUUACUCCUGCGGAGAAUGUUUUGGUGAAAGAGGUGGAAUUAUCUUUUACUCCACCCGUUUCUGCGACUGUUCAUCCCCAGAAGCCUGCCAAAAGACCAACACGACAAUGGGCUGCUUGGACACGUCAAGAGGAAGAAAACUUCUUCAAUGCAUUAAGACAAGUUGGAAAGAACUUCGAGAAGAUCACAUGCCGGGUCCAAAGCAAGAAUAAGGAUCAGGUUAGGCAUUAUUACUAUCGCCUUGUGAGACGCAUGAACAAGCUUCUUGGUCCUGGGCUUUAUCUUGAUGCGAGAAACUCUAAGGAUACCAUUGCUGCUAUGCUUAGAUGGUGGUCUUUACUUGAGAAAUUUAGUUGCACUGCAUCAAAAUUGCAUUUGAAGCCUCGAAGGUUUAAAAUAUUUAUAGAGGCACUGGAAAAUCAACUAUUAAAGGAUCGCAAUAAGACUAGAAGAAAACGUCCACAGGAAGAUAUUUACUUAACUCCUACAUCACCGAUACUCACUGAUGGUCACCCAGUAAAAUUGCUUGCUGUUGACACGCAAAACAUUAACUUAAUGGGAUCGACUAAAGGGGCAUUUUUCAAGCGUAAUGCGGAUGCUAACACUAACUUCAAGCUAAAAGCUACCAAAGGAGACCUCUCUACGACAAGAACUGUUAAGCAGAAACGCAGAGCAGGAGGUGUUGUUGCAUCUUCUGCAUACAGAAGAUGGGAAAAAGCAGCGAUCGCUGGUGUUUCUUUAGUUGCUGACGCUGCUGAGCAACUGGAACGCUCCACCAUUAGCCAGAACUCUUCUGUUAAUGCUGGAACCUUCAAUGCAUUGCCACAUGAGACGUACUCUGACAAAGGGAUAUGCUCUACUCAGAAUCUCAACGAAGCAACUAUACAGCCAUUUGUAAAAUUAAAGUUGCAGUUAUUUCCUAUAAGCGAAGCCAUCCGCAAGGCGCUAGAGAAGGAUGCACAUAAUCCACAUCUAGAACUCACUUUAAGUGCUCGCAAGAGAAUAGCAUCAGUGCUAGACCACCUCAGUCGGAAAUGGGGCAGCUCGAGUGUGGCAUCAGGAGAACUCAUGCUUUUCCCUUAUAAUGCUCAUCAAGAAGAUUUAGCAAGUUACCCUAGGUGGACAAUGAAGGAUACUGUUGUGGCCGCUGAUGUGUUCAUUUCUGUUGGUAGUCCUGCCACGUUCCGUUUAAGGUAUGGUUGGUUUUCUACGGCUGACCUUGACAACUUCAUGGUCACGAAAGGCAAGGAGACUGGAUGUAUCUUGAAGGAUAAUCUCGAUGUGAACAAAGUCGGUACCAUGCGUGUGGAUGAAACCUCUGAACAACCAUCAGAUCACAUGGAGGAUCAGUCAACCUCAGCAGUAGUUCUUCCACCCUCCAAAACACCUUCAUCGCAGGUUGGAGUAGAAAAUAGAGAACAAAUUUCUGGACAACAAGAUAACGUCUUGGUCAAUAAAGGAGCAAAAUGCUCCGCACUAUCUGCUGGGGAGUGGGCAGAUAGUCUCAUCAGUGUAGGAGAUUUACUAUCUGAAGCAUCGAGAGCUGCUGCUGUUGCUAAUUCAGAUUGCAAUGACGAGACCUCACGCAGCUGCGAUUCAUUUGAUGCUGCUAUCGCUGCGCAUAUCUCUGCUCAUCAAUCUACUAACUCAUCCCCUGAGAUACCCAUAUCAUCUAUCUUGGGUGCGGAAGAAACUUGUGAUGCGUUCUCCUUCCGAAGGGUGCCAACCCCAAAGCAAGAAGUUUUAAACCCUUCUUCAAGUUCUUUGGGGUUUAAGGAUUUUCUUCAGGACUCUGCUGGAGCCUUGCCUAGUGAUGAUCUAAACAGUAGCGAGCGUUUGUUCAGCGAGGACUUAAUGGACAAUAACAAUGAUAGCCCUUCAAAGGAUCCGUGUAUAACAGAAAUUUUCUGGCCUGAUUCACUUGGACCGUUGGACUUGGAAGCGCCUUUCAAAUACCAGGUUCAUGACUUGGUCUUUGGCGAUAGCCUCAGUAGUCUGAGUCGCAUCAUGGCGAGUAGCUUAGAUGCAUUCCGGAAUUUGUCGUUCUUUGGCACGGACAAGAAUGACCGGGAGAGAGAAGAGACUUGCAAGGAUUAAGCAAAUUUGGAGGGAGAUUACAUAAUCCACUCGUGGUGGAGCGAGAAAGUGAAGCCCAUGACAACAAUCAACGUGUCGACUCGCAAAAGGUCGUCGUUAUUCUCAUGUAUAGAUGAACUGAUCCAGGAUAGUGCAAACAAAUCAGUCGGUUUGUUCUUGUUUGUCUGUACAUUAAGUGAGAAAUAUAGGCUGCUGUAGACACAUCAUAGAGAGAAACAAAGAGAUUCAACCAGAAUCUGCUGGUAGAAUCUUGUAUAAUGUAAAAACUCUUGCCUCUUUUGAUAAUCUUGUAUAGAAAAGCACUCUUUAUGACAGUGAAGUUUGUUACUCUCAUGAUAA